UAAUGAUUGCCCGGAACAUAUUGAAACCAUUGACUCAAUGUGUCAAGCACUUACGAGUUUGAUUGAUGAUGAAGUUAAAAGCGGCAUUGGAAAGAACAGGAUACUCUUGGUUUUCUCAGGACCGUCCCCCCCUUUUUUUCUUCCUUCUACGAGUUUGGUAUGCCGCAGAAAUGCUGAUCCGAGCCAAUGGGUUCCUGCCACCUGUAGUCACUUUCAUAAGCAGCCAAUGAAAAUAAACCUUCUGCGACAGAGUCGUAGACUCGACAGAACGCCAAGGAAUACAUGCAUGGUCUUUGACCCCUUGUUUCAUUACAAUAACACAGGACACACAACCACAGUACUUUCUUGAUUGCUAGGCUUCUUCCGUAGCUACUGAGCCGUGGGAGAAGGAAUAUGAAAGUUGCCGUGUUUCCUAUAAAGAUUGGCAUAUUCAUUGUCUUCUGGGUCUGGACAGGAUGAAGAAGAAGAAUGAGAAAUGGUACUGUCUGUUACUGAAUAACACCCUCCACUGAACCCACUGAAAUAACUUGACUGGGGCAACUGCUCUGCUUCGCUGUUUUGUGCCAAAUGCCCCCCAUAUGUUUUGUGUGACCAAUUUUAGACUUAAAUGGCAACCACUGUAUUUCUGCUGAAAGUGUAUAUGCACAGUAAACUUGCUCACUUCAGUAAGAUUUAAGCAGCAUCACUGUGCCAGGAUUGUAGUCACAGCCAAGUUUCGAGGCACUAUGUUCUGUUGUUUUUUUGCCGCAGGCAACUUACCACAUAUAACUGAGAUGAUUAAACAGACCUUGUAUGUCUCAGUCUGUAUGGUAUUACAGUGAUGUCAUUGGACAGGCAUAUUUUGUCCAUCCAGUCAAGUGUUGUUGUUAGAGAGGGAAGAGGAUUUUGUUUGGUCCACAAGGCAUUUUUGUAAAAGAAGGCUUCUCCUGACGUGUAAUGCAAUCAUAUAAGGAAUAUCAAUUUUAUUUAUGAUGAAAUUGUUUUGCUGGUUUUGGAACUUGUAGGGAUGGUUUUUCUUGUGUUUCAGGAUGUGUUGAAUUGAUUUUAUUGUUUUCAGAGCUUGUGUUUUUCUGUUUUAUUAUGUUUUUUGCUUGUACAUGGCAUUGAUGGCUUUAUGCUGUAAAGUGGGCUGUAAAUUUGUUUAAUAAGAAGAAGCAAAAUGAUCUAAUAUGCAGUUCCUGGACUAAUAUAUACACUGAUCAGAAUGUAAUUAUCCUUGAUAUACCACAUAAUGAACAGAAGCCACUUGGGCAUUAAGGAAAAACCUCUUAGCAAAAUACGUAACAAAUGUGAGUUUGUUGGGAAAACAUUUAGCAAUGAGUGCAUUGAGAUAACAUGUGAUAACAUAUGUAUUUAAAAGCAACUUUAAGAAUUACUGGUACUUUUAAAAAACCCUAUAGAUUUCUGCAAACAGUAUGAAAUGGACUUAAAAAUGAAACAUACAAAAUUGACACUGACAAGUCCAUUUCAUACAUCCCUAGUUAUUGCAAUAUACAUUUUAUUUUUAGAUUUCACUUUAAACAUUGGAAAUUGGCCCCAAAGUUCCCUUGUUAUGACUGUGCCAUCCAUAUUAUGAUCAAUACGAGCUUAUGCAGGACUAGUGUAGGUUUUCAUGGUAAGAAUGGUGCUUUGAAAUCUCAGCUUUUUACCUUCAAUGAAACCCACUGUUUCCAGACCAGGGGCCUGCAAAGCUUUCCCUCUCCUUACUUCUCCUGGAGACCACGUUUUUCUGAGUAAUAAACUGCAGGCUCCCCCCCCCCCCUACAAAACCUAAUUUCAACAAACCAACUUCUGGCAUUCAGUUUUUUCCUGAAUAGCAGGGACCACAUGAAAGCCGUAAGCUUUUCUGUCCUCACAGAAGGUGAUUGCAUUAUCAGGUGCCAGUGAGUAAUUGCAGGUUGCUUUGUGAGCUCCAAUGAAGUGAAUUUUGAAAAGAAAUGGAGAGAGAAAAGUUGCAAUCCUGCAUACCCCUAGCUUAGAGCCAGGCCAAUUGAUAUCAGGGGGACUUAAUUUUGAAUACACAUGCAAAGGAUUCUGCAAAUUCAGAGCGAGGUUUCCGUGUGCUCCACGUUGCCUCUGUAUUCUGAAAUGCACCAGCGUCUGACCAUAAAUAUACAUCUAUUAAUACAGAGCGAAACUUGUCCACUGUAUUUUUACAAGUGUUGCGGUGAUGGCAUCAUUCGCUGGAGGGCAUAAGGAAAUAAGUAGAGGAGAAGUAGAGCAGUUAUUUCUUUUUUUGAGCAAAGUGCGUGUGAGGGACAGGGGAUAUCGCGAAGUCCCUCCCCUCCUAAGUUCAAGCCAAUCCCCGAGCACAGGGGGAAGCAGAGAGAGUUCCGAUUCCAGUGGGGAAGCAGGAAGUCGUGUCCGAGGCUCAGGCAAGGUAGAGGAGCCAGGGUCCCAGGUGGGACAGGAAGGGGCGAAUAAGGGCGGGAGACCCAUCCCCCCAACUCCGGAAUUACGCAGAAAGAGGAGGGGAAAGAGGAUGGGUCUGCCAAAGCUUUUGUGUUGGAGAAAGACGCGCCAAAAGCCAUUAGGAGGUUCUGAAACCGACUGACAACAUCACUCCGUGUAAAUAGCAAUGACUUGAGCACUGUAAAUACGCAGCACCAAUAAAAGAAUAAAAUGCAGAGCUGCGUAGCGUCGUUACUCUGAAGUAGUCCACUCCGGCCACUGUGACAGCAACCUCCUAAUCCUUUUUGGGCUACUUUGGAGUUGCCGGGAUGAGCGUGUCAGAGGCGGAGAAAUGGCGGCAGAUCGCGGAGCAAGCCCAGCAAGAACUGCAACAGCUGUCGCUGCAGGCGCAGGGGGAAUUGAAGGCAGCUAAAGAGGAGACUAAGAAGGUCCAGGACGACCGGCUACAACUUGCGGAACAGGUGAGAGCGCUUCAGGAAAAAGAGCAGCAAUUAAGGGCGGUGGCGGUAGACCUCCAAAACAAGCUGGAUGCAGAGAAAAACAAGGCGGGAGGGGCACCCCAAGUCCAAGUGCUGCCAGGAAGGAGAGCCGGGACCCUAGUAAGCAAGUUCAAUGGAGACCCGAGGGAAUUUCAGGGCUUUGAGACUGAGAUUGUGUAUGCUCUUGAGCUGCACCACGAUGAGUUCCCUGAUGAUGAGCACAGGGUAGCGUUUAUUGUGGAGCACCUUACCGGGGCAGCCAGGGAGUGGCUAAGACCGUUAAUUGCAACAAGGAAUCCUUGCAUGAAGAAUGUCAAACUAUUUCUAGAAGGUUUGAAAACGAUGUAUUCGUCCGAUAGUCAUAUGGACCAGACUAAGGAGGAACUUCAUAAUUUACGCCAAGGAAAUAUGACAGUUCGCGCGUAUUGGGCGAAAUUCACCAUGCUGGUGCACAGAUUGGGGUGGGAACUAGAGUCCCCCCCAAUGCAAGCGGCGUUCUACUUGGGGUUGCAUGAGGAGGUGAAGGAUGAGCUCUCGAGAGGUCCAAAGCCCAGUAAUAUGGAUCAGCUGAGCAAAGCGGCUCUGGCGGUGGGGGUGAGACAGGAAUCCCGGUGGAGCGACAAGCAAGCAACGCGCGCAAAGCGGGCUUGGUUCCCACGGUCGCAGGAGAAGCCACUCCCCCAACAACCCUUUCAAGCCACGCCUGGGGCCAGUCAGGACCAGGAACCCAUGCAGAUUGAUAGCGCGCGCGCGCGGGCUUUUCAAACCCCAGCGGCGCCAAGACGCAAGGAGGGAAGGGGUGGGAAUUGCUUUCUCUGCAACUCCCCCCAGCAUCUCGUCAGAGACUGCCCACAUCGCAGGGAGUGGCAAGGAAAGGCGGGAACGGUUGUGCCCUCCCCCACUGACGCAGCACCACAGCAGGGAAACGGGAAAGCCUGGCUGCAGGAGACAAGGGGCGGCAGCCAGGCACAGUCAGCAGACAACAGCCCCAGCCCACCCACCCGCACAGAGAGGAGCAGAGCCAGCCCACCCCUCCCAGAGCAGGAGUGGUUCUAGAAGUGACGCUCACGCUUCCAAAUGGCUAUCCCCUGACAGUCCUCGCCCUAAUUGACAGUGGGGCGUCAGCGAACUUCUUCUCGAGAAACUUUGCAGAAGAGCACCAGAUCCAGCUUCUGCAGCUGGAUUUUCCUCUGCACGUGGCAACCAUUGACGGCAGAGAGCUGCUGGGAGGGGCCAUCACGCAUCAAACCCCCCCCAUGAGAAUGACGGUUGGAAGGCACUCAGAGACACUGGCAUUCAACGUCACCACCAUCUCAGACCCCCCCAUCGUUUUGGGCAUGAGCUGGCUGGCGCACCAUGACCCCUCCAUAAGUUGGCACCA